GAGCUGUAAAUCAAGCAAAAAACAACAAUUAUAGAAACAAUAACCAUCGCAGUACGAGCAAUUUAACUACAAUGCCAAAAAUAAUGGCCAGGCCAAGUAACGCUGUUACAGCAGAUGAAGGUUUAAAAACUGAAUACUCGUCAUUGUUAGAUAAUUCAUCUAGUCAUAGCAACAGCAAUUAUGGAAAUAAGUCAACAUCAGCAGUGGAAGAUCAAUUAAAGACAAUUGCUGGUUUCCAAGACCCGGGAUAA